AUGGCAGAAAGUCCCAAGUCCUAUUCUCCAUUGGAUAUAGGGAAAUAUUCCGUUGCCCCUUCUGGACUUGAACUUGAACAAGUCCAUAUCUAUGUCAGGCAUGGCGAAAGAACACCCGUUGGCGUUCGACUUGCUGGGCCUCCUGCCAACCUUCCGGAGCACUGGAUGAUGUGCAAGACAACGCGUAGAUUUCAAGCUUCUGUAAAUGCUCCGGGAAUCGGUAAUGGGAUGGACGAAUUUCAGCAGUCGCGUAGGGUAGUCGAGCGCGCUGACGGGACUCAUAACGAGAGUCAAUGUCUGUUAGGUGAACUCACCGACCUUGGGAGAAAGUCAACGUAUAAUUUUGGAACCUCUCUUCGUGAGCUCUACGUUGAAAGGCUAGGCUUUCUUCCUGAUUCACUGCAGAAUGCUGAAGCGGUUUACUUUCGAACUACCAACGUUCCAAGGACGACUGAGUCGCUUCAGCAAAUUGUGCACGGCUUAUACCCAAGCUCGAAAUGUCAUCCCGAAGCUAUACCUUCUAUCUUCGUUAGAAAUGGGCGGGAUGAAAAUCUUCUUGGAAAUGCUGGUUCUUGUAAACGUCUGGAAAUCCUCCUCAUUGGCUUCGCUCAAGCCGCCGCUUCUGCAUAUAAUCAUACCUUAGAACCCUUAGACAAGAAGAUAUCGAGAUAUAUAGAUGGACACCCCGUUCGCAUAGACGGGAAACCGAGAGCAUCAGGAAUCCUGGAUACGAUCCGAGCAGCGACCGCACAUAAUAUAAAGGUCCCUUCAGAGUUCGAAGAAAAGGGUGUCAUAGAUAUUAUUGAAAAGGCAGUGGUAGCAGAAUGGUUUGCAGAUAAAACUGAGGAAGUCCGCCGUUUAGGCAUGGGCAGAUUAUUGGACGACCUUUCGACCAAAAUGCAACAUAAAGCAGCACAUGGCGACAAAGACCCGUUGAAGAUCCUCGUUCAUAGCACGCACGACACUGCUUUAGCCGGGCUUGCAUCUACACUAGAUGUUUUUGACGACAAAUGGCCUCAAUUCACAAGCUCGAUAACGUUCGAGCUCUUUAAAUCAACCUCAGUGAAAAAUGGUCUUUCAAUUUUCAACAAUCUCAUGUCUCCCUUCCGUUCGAAAGCUGGUCCAGAGCACUAUAUUCGUAUGAGAUAUCAAAACAAGAACAUGGUAUUACCGCUGUGCGCUGAGGAAGGCAAACAUCUCCCUGGAUCACCCGAGUUUUGCACCUUGACUGCAUUUCGGGAACGGGCGAAAGAGCUUACUCCGGUGGACUUUGUAUCCGAGUGCGCACCCGCUGGACGAAAUAGUUUGUGA